GGACGUAAAUAUGAGCUCUGAGAAAGAGAAGGCGAUUAUCAUCUCUCAUCAAGAGCGAGGCCAUCAGGAUAACAAGCAGCCGCUCUCCUCUCUGCUUCCUCUGCCGCAUCUUCAUUCAGUGUCUCGUGCCUCAGUCUGCCCUCCAUCGGAUCAGGUCUUUCUCCAGGCAGCAGCCAUCUUUCAGCAGCUUUGCAGAGAGAAGCCGGAGCCCCAUCAGCUUCUGCAGUAUGAAAACAGGUUACCACUCAACAGCGAUGACGAGGCCACUCAAAAACAAGCCUACCAGCUCGCUUUCAACACCCUCAAAUACCAAGAUUUACUGGAGGCCGUGAUUUUUGACAGCUUCUUCCACAAAUCUCAGAACAUCUACAGCGACUUGCUGCCAUUGGCAAUGGUGAUGCUGUAUGACUUCCAGGACAGGAGGUUUUUGCUUCGUCGGCAUCCAGCUGAAGGAGAGCAGGAGGUUGUUGCUGAAGUCAGAGACUUGGAGAAAUGCCUUCAGAGAUGGAAAGUCAAACUCGCUGCAUCUCUGGCUCGCUUCAGGGUGAAACACGGCCUGCGGAGCGUUUCCCGUUUUCUGUCCGAUUCCCUCAGAACCAAAGAGCACAGGGCCAAGUCUUUACCGUACUACGCAUGGGUCAACACUUUAAACUCCAGUCUUGAUGAAAUUUGCAAAAUCUUACAAAGUGCCAACCUAAGUGAAGUGAAGAACAUGGCUGACCUCACAGGUUCAACAUUUUCCAAGGACCCUCUCUGUCCAGAUACGCUCAUUUUCUCCCGCAGCCUCUGUAAACCUCUUCAGAGCAGCGCCCUCACCACCACACAUGUGCUAAACAUCCAGGACAGGAGUGUGUGUUUGGCAGUGAGCGUGUCACAGCCGGUCCUGUUUGAUAGAGGGGACGUCCUGGUGGCGGGCUCCUUCUCAGCUCUGACCGUGGCUCACGUAGCCGUAGCGGCCGCUGCUCGGUCGGGCCGAGUUCUGGUGUGUGGCGCUGAUCACACUCCUGUGCAGACAGAAGAGAUGAAGAAUCUGCUCUCUCAGAUGGGAAUCAAAAAUGUCAAAGUCCUGCCAGCAGCUUUCUGCAGCCUGAAUGAGUGGGACGUCACUGUACAGAGGUUAAAGGUCAUCAUAGUUUUGCCUCAGUGUUCAUCCUCUGCCCUCAAUGACCCAGUCACCACAAUGCACAGUGAACAUGGAGACUGGAACCUACUGCCAGAUUUAUCCCACGACUCGAUUUCCAAAAGCAAAAUCUUCUCUCUCACCACCCAACAGGCCCGGCUGCUGGCCCACGCGUUGUCCUUUCCAAAGGUCCAGACGGUGGUCUACUGCACUCGCUCAGUGUGUCCUGAGGAAAACGAACAGCUGGUCAGAAGAGUGUUGGAGAAAACACACACUCACCCCAAACUGUUGCCAUUCAGGGUGAAUGGGCCUAUUUUCCCCGAUGACUCCGCUUCAGGAGAUGAAACCGACUCCAGGUUCUUCAGGCUCCAUCCCGCUCAGUUCACCAAUGGCUGCUUCAUAGCCAGACUGUCGCGGCAGCCGGAUCCCACAAAGGUAGAAUCAGUUCAGGAUGUGUUGGCAAGGGCGGCAGCGAAGGGUCUCUUGGGUGGCAUAAUUCCUGAACCAUCAAAACCUGCAAAGAAGAGCAAAAGGAAGAAGAAACGAGUCGCUUCGAGCACCAGCAGGCCUUCAUCUCCCUCCAGCCAGGAGGAGCCUGAGGCAGCAGAGAUCAGUGACAGAGUAGAUCCAGCUCCACCUUUAGAAGAUGAAGAGGAAGAGGAAGAAGAAACAGAAGGUGAAGAAAAUGUGGCUGAAGGGAUGGACAGCAAGACCAAGUCAGAGAAGAAGAAAAAACGAAAAAGCAAAAGAAACAAAAAACAGAGCAGAGGUGAUGCAGCAAGUCUGAAAAAUCAAGCAAAAGGGCAAAAGAAGAAAGCAAAGAGAAAAGUAAAUCCAUCUCAGCACAGCAAACCGAGGCGGAUACCACGUCUUACGCUGACCUUAAUGUCUGCUGAAAAACCCUCCAGACACUUGUCUCCAAUCACAGCUCUUGCACACAAGAUCAGCGGAAAACCAGUACGGAAGCUGGAAGAGGGCUCAGCUCCAGUUCUAGAAAAACAUCUCUCACAUGCCCAAAUGACCUCUGAGAGGGAAAACAUCCAACCUGAGGAGGAAGAGAGGAGCCUGGAGAAACAAAGGAGCCGAUCUGGAAACGUGAGAAAAACACAGGGAGCGCCGACGGCUGCAGGUCACAUCCUGCCGCCAAUCUCUUCUCCAAGCGGCUCCGUCACCCAGCCACAGUCUCCAACCUCCAGCCAUCAGUUAGCAUCGUCAUCCUCAGCCUCCCUGAGAAAAUUAUAGAAAAUAUAUAUACACACACACUUUUGCGUGGCUAUCUUUGUGGGGACUUUCCAUUGACUUCCAUUAAUUUCUACAACUGAAAUCUUACCCCUAUCCUAACCCUGCCCAAAACUCAAUUCACACCUUAGUCCUAA